AUGUCUCAACAAAGACAAGCUCAUACGAUGAGUGGUGGUAACAACCAAGAUCAAUAUAGUGACACAACAUUUACCAAAAUUUUUGUUGGUGGGUUGGCUUGGGAGACUCAAAGGGACACAAUGAGAAGGUAUUUUGAGCAAUUUGGAGAGAUCUUAGAAGCUGUUGUUAUCACAGAUAAGUAUACUGGGAGAUCUAAAGGUUAUGGUUUUGUGACAUUUAAGGAUCCUGAGGCAGCUAUAAGAGCAUGUCAGAAUCCAUCUCCAGUUAUUGAUGGAAGAAGAGCAAAUUGCAAUAUUGCUUCUCUUGGUGCUAACAAGAAUAGAUCAGUAACUCUUCAACAUGGAAGGUUUAGGCCUCCACAUGGAGUGAUGGCACCAGUUCCUUAUCAUGGAUCUUCUUCAUCCACAAUUUUCCAUCAACCUACCACUAGGCAGUACUCAUUUCCUUUUUCAGCAUAUGGAUAUUCUGGAUAUUCACAAGACACAUUGUAUCCUCCGAACUAUUACAAUGUGUAUGGAGUUCAGCAAUAUUCACCGUACUACCCAUCUAUUGGAGGUGCUGCUGGAACAAUGGGGUUGGUUCAAAAUAUGUACCCUUACUAUGGACAAUAUGCACAAAAUAUCCAUGGUCCUGGUUUUGGAGUUCAAUACCCUCAAAUGACACAGAUUCCGGUUUUGUCUCAGAAUUAUGGUUCCACUGGAAUAUUGUCAUUCCCUUCUUCAGCAGCAUUGCCAACCAUUAGUGCAGCAACCGUAGCCGCCGCAUCCGCAACUACUACGACAGCGACAGCCGUGGUAAUUACCGAGGUUACCGGUUCACAAGCUACUGAAACAACAGACUCUGAACAACAACAUUCAACAACUUGA